GCGGAUUUCCCUGUAGCAAUCACUGUAAACAGAAGAUGUAACUGUCAUGGCUCGUAGAGUAACAAAUUCUGCGACGCAAAAGAUUUUGCUUUUAAAUCGUCUAAGUUCGUCCGAAAGUUGUAUUUACCAAAAAUGCUCUUUAGUAACAUGCGGUGCUCCAGUUCCACAAUCGAAAGUAAUUGCCAAAGCUUCAUCGUCUUCCCUUAUAGAUGACAGUACAUUUCUGCAUAGGAAGCUCUUUACUUUGCCAAAUCCACUUGGUAGUAAAAGGAAAGAAUAUUCAGAGAAGAGAGUUUUAGGCUAUUCUAUGGAACAACUGUAUGAAGUAGUUGCUGGAGUGGAGCACUAUAAAGAUUUUUUACCUUGGUGCAACAAAUCUACCGUAACAAAGCGACGCCCUGGACACCUAAAAGCUGAUUUAGAAAUUGGAUUUCCUCCCUUAAUUGAAAGCUACACUUCAUCUGUUACUAUGGCUAAACCUCACUUGGUCAAGGCUUGCUGUACAGAUGGAAAACUCUUCAAUCAUCUAGAAACAACUUGGAAUAUUAAGCCUGGUCCUAAUCCUAACUCUUGUACUUUGUAUUUUCAUGUAUCUUUCGAAUUUCGCUCUCUGCUGCAUUCCCAGCUUGCUCAUGUUUUCUUUAAUGAAGUUGUACGAAAAAAUGUGAAUGCCUUUCUCACUCGAGCUGAGCAGUUGUAUGGGAAGCCCAGUAAAGUAACAUCUAAACAAGUUUAUUUACGAAACAUAUCUUGAUUAAUUUAAAGUGAUAAAUUUUAACUGAAUGUAUAUAUUUUUAAAGAGUAUAAUUUAUUAAAUUAAUAUAUUUAUUUCUUUUCUGUAGAACUAAAAACUGAGAAUAAAAGAUGCUUGCAAAAUUUUAA